AAAAAAUGCGAAUGAAAUAAAAAUAUGAUACGGAUUAUUAAAUUAUCUCUAAUAUUGUAAAGACAGUUGCAUAGUUUUAUUUCAGGGUAGAGAUUAAAACUCGUCAUAGUGUCUGUGUUUAAAGGUUUCAAACUCUGCCCUGCCUUAAACCCUAAGCUCGGUUCUGAUGAGUUCCUCAGGAGGUACCAGGUCUGCGGCUGCUGGUCCUGCUCCCUCACAGCUGGGUCAGGAUGUAAAAACUGAGACGUCAAUCAGAGGAAUAUCAGGAACGAUGGAUGUCUGUGUGAAGAAAGAGGAGACGCUGGACCUGGACAUCUGUAUGGGCCAUGGAGACACAAACACCACCACCACACCUGACGUGCUGUCUGUUAAAGAGGAAGAAGCUGAUAAUGAACACUACCUCUACUGUGAAAUUUGCAAAUCCUACUUCUUCAACAAGUGUGAGGUUCACGGUUCACCCCUCUUCAUCACUGAUACCCCUGUUCCAAUAGGCGUCUCUGACCGAGCCAGAAAAACUCUUCCUCCUGGUCUAGAAAUUCGGAAGUCCUGUAUUCCCAGUGCAGUCCUGGGGGUGUUUAAUAACGGGGAGACUGUUCCAGUCAAUGCACAUUUCGGACCAUACCAGGGAGAGCUGGUAGAACGAGAGGAAGCCAAGAACAGUGAAUACUGCUGGAUGAUUAACAAGAGCGGGCAGUGUGAGGAAUACAUCGAUGCCAAGAGAGAAACGCACGCGAACUGGAUGAGGUAUGUCAAUUGUGCUCGUAAUGAAGGAGAGCAAAAUCUCAUGGCCUUUAAGUAUCGAGGAGGGAUUCUGUAUCGUUGCUGUCGACCCAUAGAUUCAGGACACGAGCUCUUGGUGUGGUACGAUGAGGAGUACGGCCGGGAUCUCGGGCGUAUGUGUGACUACCGCCAGAACAAAAAGUGCUCCAUGAGAGAUGUGAAGAACAAUGCACCGCAAGUCUUCUCCUGCUCCUCUUGUUCACUUUCCUAUACAUCUCGAAUUGAUCUUAACAAACACGUGCAAAGCUACCACUGUGAUGAGCCUGCCAGCAGACAGCAGAAACUAGAAGAAGUUAAAAAUGAGGUUCAGGCGCCAACAGACGGCUCCAAGGAACAGCAAACGGCAUCCUUUAGCUGUGACGUGUCUCUGAAAGAAAUGCCGAAGAAAAUUCAUCACUGCCUAAAGUGUGGGAGGAGAUUCACUUAUCAGAGCGCGCUCAAAACGCAUCCGUGCAAUCACACCGAGGAGAAGGCACACCGCUGCUCUCAGUGUUUUAAAAGUUUCAAUCAAAAGAGCGACCUCCAGCAGCACCAGCGAAUUCACACCGGAGAGAAGCCGUACCACUGCACGCAGUGCGGAAAGAGCUUCAUUCAGAAUAGCAUUCUGCGGAAACAUCAGCGCAUUCACACGGGCGAGAAGCCAUACCACUGCUCGCAGUGCGGGAAGAGUUUCCUGCAAAAGAGCGAUCUCAAACAGCACAAGCGCACUCACACGGGAGAGAAGCCCUUCGACUGCUCGCUGUGCGGGAAGAGUUUCGCUCACUACAGUAACCUGCAGCUGCACCAGCGCAUUCACACCGGAGAGAAACCGUUUCAGUGCUCGCAGUGCGGGAAGUGUUUUACUCAGAAGAGCAACCUGCAAGUCCAUCAGCGUGUUCACACAGGAGAGAAACCUUAUCGCUGCGCGCAGUGCGGCAAGAGUUUUACGCUUCAAAGUAACCUCCAGCUACAUCAGCGCAUUCACACCGGAGAGAAGCCGCAUCACUGCUCCCAGUGCGGCAAGAGCUUCACCCAUCAGAGCACAUACCAACGACACCAGCGUAUUCACACCGGGGAGAAACCGUACUACUGCGCGCAGUGCGGGAAGUGCUUCAACCAUCAGAGCCACCUCCAGAGACACCAGCGUGUUCACACGGGAGAGAAGCCGUACCGGUGCUCGCAUUGUGGCAGGUGUUUUGCUCAGCACAGCAGUCUGCACUCCCACCAGCGCAUUCACACAGGAGAGAAGCCGUUCCAGUGCUCGGAGUGCGGCAAGUGUUUCACUCAGCAGAGUGCUCUCCACGUCCAUCAGCGCAUUCACACCGGAGAGAAACCGUAUCACUGCUCGCAGUGCGGGAAAAGCUUUACCCAUUCGCUUUCGAGCAAGACACACAAGUGCACCAGCACGGAUCCGUUAUGCUACUUAAAUUAUUUGUCAAAUUAGAUUAUUUUUUUUAAUUAAAGAAGACUUCUUGUACUUAAUGAUCUGCAUUGACCGUAUUUUUGCACUGUAUUUAUUUUGACAUCCUGCGAUGGGCAAGGUUAUUUGAAAUUUUCUUUUUUUGACGAUCGCUGGUGCACUUAGAUUAAUAAUAUUAAAUGCAGAAAUACUGUCAUGGUUUAAAAGCAACAUUGUACGAGGGUAAGUCAGAAAUGAUUCGCACUACGGUUAUAUUAAAACGCUUUCUGUUUAAGGCUCCUGUCUCCAUAGUCACUGCUGUGCAGGUGUGAAUGUGUUACAUCAGUUCAUCUGUAACUGCGGUGUGAGCAAAAAUGGACUCCCUGCUUGUGACUUGCAUGACAGAAGAGCAGUGUGCAGUGAUUCAUUUUGGAAAAGCAUAUAAACAGAAGCAUUUGGAUACUCUAAGGAAGGUCAAAGUUUCUUAAAGAGGAUCAUUACUGGUGACGAGACCUGGA